AUGGCGGAUGCGGCGUUUGUGGCAGACAACCAUGGUGCGUGGCUGAAGUUUGUGCCGAGUUCCAUGUUAGAUGAGCAAUGGGAGGUGGCGGCCAAAACACCCGAGGCUGUGCUUUCUCAUCGCUCAUGCCCUUGGGGUGGUCACCUCAUCAAGAUCGACUCAAAGAGCAUCUUCAUUCAGAAAGCUCCGGAAAAUUCCUGCGACGUCCUGGUGCGACCCGAAGUGCAAGCCACGUUUGAAGGCGAUAUGGAAAUGACUCUUAGGUGCUUGGAAACCCAUGCGCCUGGCGAUGCGCUUAUCGAACGGACCAAUUCCAUGUGGAUCCUCCGUUUCGCAGCCGUCCUUUUUGGCAGCUGUCAUGACUCCUUCGCGUACCGCUUCUAUCACAAGCUCCCUGUGUUGUCGCAACACCGGCUUUACAAGGAUUUCCCUGAGCCAGGAGACUGUACCUACUUCGCAUUAGAAGGCUUUUGGACCAUGCGCCGUGUGCCAGGUUCGGUCAGUCACUAUCGUUCGGUCCUCGUGUUCAAUACACCUGAAGACAAAUGGGCAACUUGGGCUUCACCAUUUUAUCCUGGUUUCACAAAUAUGUUCCACAAAGUAGCCGACAAAGUGUUGAACAGCCCCACAAUCAGAGACCUGCGAGCCACUGAUGCCAACAUGUACUCGGUCCUGACUCUGCAGAGCUUCAAUCGCGGGCACCCCAUGGUCCCGCAGAGCAAGCCUUGUGAAGACUCUGUCACUGUUGCAGCUGGCGAACAUCUCGGCUUGGUGUCUUGGACCCGUUUCAAACCUCAUGAGAAGUUCCACCUGAGUGAGUACAUGCGGGACUUUACGGAGCGGCUGGGGCACCAGUUGCAGACGUAUGGGGUGAUGGAUGGCCGCAAGCUUGUUCGAUACCAGUGUGUGGUGGUCCGGCAGCAGUGGGAUGAGUUGAGGACACCUUUCUUUGAAGCCUUCCAGGUUCAGAAAGCAGCCUACCGCCGUGCAAAUGGAGGAACAACAGCACCAAGCUUGGUAGAAGAUGCUGCUCCACGUGUUGUUUUGCGUGAUUUUAGUUGCUGUGCUCAGCCAGUGGGCAUCAAAACCAUCGUGCGCAAGACCUUCAUUGUGCCAAUGUUGGGUUUGGACAUGGAUGGGGCAGAUGGAUCUCAAGAUCAGCAGAAAGAUCGCAGGGCCAAUCCCAAGUUCAUGCUAGGCGUGUCUCGUGCAGAUCCAGAAAGCAUGGCGGCUGUGGGGCCUGUGGCAGACAACCAUGGCAGUGCUCUUUCAUCGCUCAUGCCCUUGGGUGGUCACCUGAUCAAGAUCGACUCAAAGAGCAUUUUCGUUGAAAAAACUCCAGAAAAUCCAUGCGACGUCUUGGUGCGACCAGAAGUGGAAGCCAGCAGAAACUCGGUUCUUUUCGGCAACUGUCAUCACUCCUUUGAGGACCGCAUCUAUCACAAAUUUCCCGUGUUGUCACAGCACCGGCUGGACAGAGAUUUUCCCGAACCGGAGGUGCCGCAUACUUUUCAGCAGAAGCAAUGUGGAUCAAUGCGCUGUUUGCCAGAUUCUUCGCACCGUCGCUACCGUUCGAUCCUUGUGUUCGGCACGCCGGAAGACAAAUGGGCAACUUGGGUUUCGCCGCUUUUCCCUGCUUUCACUUAUAUGCUCCACAGCACUGUGGAGAGAGUGCUGAACGGCCCCAACAUUCGGGACCUGCGAGCCACUGAUGCCAACAUGUACUCGGUCCUGACUCUGCAGAGCUUCAAUCGCGGGCACCCCAUGGUCCCGCAGAGCAAGCCUUGUGAAGACUCUGUCACUGUUGCAGCUGGCGAACAUCUCGGCUUGGUGUCUUGGACCCGUUUCAAACCUCAUGAGAAGUUCCACCUGAGUGAGUACAUGCGGGACUUUACGGAGCGGCUGGGGCACCAGUUGCAGACGUAUGGGGUGAUGGAUGGCCGCGAGCUUGUUCGAUACCAGUGUGUGGUGGUCCGGCAGCAGUGGGAUGAGUUGAGGACACCUUUCUUUGAAGCCUUCCAGGUUCAGAAAGCAGCCUACCGCCGUGCAAAUGGAGGAACAACAGCACCAAGCUUGGUAGAAGAUGCUGCUCCACGCUUUGUUUUGCGUCAUUUCAGUUGCUGUGCUCAGCCAGUGGGCAUCAAAACCAUCGUGCGCAAGACCUUCAUUGAGCUUGAUGAAGGUUCAGACCAUUCUGCUGGCUGCCUCAAGCGAAGCAACUCGACAGGUGCCAAUGUUGGGUUUCGAUAUGGACGCGUCAGGAAUGGGACGCCAGAGAUUGCAGCAGAUGUUGAAUCCGUAGAGGCACAGCAAUGGGACACUGGAGGCUUCACUUCGGUCAGAGGCAUGGCAGAUGUAGCGCCGACAGACAACUAUGGUGCGUGGCUGAAGUUUGCGCCGAGUUGCAUGUCAGAUGCGCAGUGGGAGGUGGCCGCUGAAACGCCCGAGGCUGUGCUUUCUCAUCGCUCAUGCCCUUGGGGUGGUCACCUCAUCAAGAUCGACUCAAAGAGCAUCUUCAUCCAACAAGCUCCGGAAGAUCCCACCAGCGUCAUGGUACGCCCUGAAGUUCGGGCGAUGGUGCCCCCGGGCCUGGGCAGGACGUCUGGCUGCGAGGUGGAUCUGCAGCACCUCGAAACCUAUGCGCCCGGUGAUGCCUUGAUCCAUCGCAGAAAUUCCAUGUGGAUCCUGCGCUUAGGCGCUGUCCUUUUCGGCAGCAGUCGUCACGCCUCUGAGGACCGCAUCUAUCACAAGCUCCCUGUGUCGUCGCAACACCGGCUUUACAAGGAUUUCCCUGAGCCAGGAGAUUGUAGCUACUUUGCAUUGGAAUCCGUGUGGAUCCUGCGCCGUGUGCCAGGUUCGGUGAGUCACUAUCGUUCGGUCUGUGUGUUCACUACACCCGAAGACACAUGGGCAACUUGGGCUUUGCCCCUUUUCCCUGCUUUCACUCAUAUGCUCCACAACGCUCUGGAUAGAAUGCUUAAUGGUCCCUCGAUAAGGGACAUGCGGGCCAUUGAUGCAAACAUGUACCUGGUCCUCUCACUGCGAAGCUUCAAUCGUGGACACCCGAUGAUUCCUGCCAAUGACCCUGCUUCGGAGGAAUCUUUCAACAUUUCGGCAGGCGAACAUCUCGGCUUGGUGUCUUGGACCCGUUUCAAGUCUGAUGAGAAGUUCCACUUGAGCGGGUACAUGCGGUGCUUCAUGGAGCGGCUGGGGCACCAGUUGAAGACAUACGAGGUGAUGGAUGGCCGCAAGCUCGUCAACUACCAGUGUGUUGUCGUGCGGCAGGAGUGGGAGCAGCUGAGAACAUCUUUCUAUCAGGCUUUCAAGGUGCAGAAAGCAGCCUACCGCCAUGCCAACGGGGGAACUUCCACACCAAGCUUGGUAGCCGAUGCUGCUCCACGCUUUGCUUUGCGCGAGUUCAGUUGCUGUGCCCAGCCACAGGGCAUCAAAACUGUCGUGCGCAAGACCUUCAUUGACCUUGAUGAAGAUUCAGACGAUUCCGCUGACUGCCUAAAGCGAAGCAACUCCACCGGUGAAGUAAUGACCUUGUACUUUGUAUAG